AUUUUUAUGGAUUUUCAUUUUCUUAACCGCCAAAACGGUGUCUGUAUAGAGCGUAUCAAAGCGACAGGUGCACGAUACUGUCAGUAAUUUUAAGACGUCUUUAAAUAGAUGAAUUCGGAUAUGAAAAAAAUCUGUAUCAACAUGGCAUAGAACAAAAUGACUUCGGAAUUUAUUUUAAGAAAGUCCAGAAAGAGUAAUUGGGAAGUGUUGAUCAACUCUUGGUUCAGUCGUCUCAGUUCAGUAUGAAGGAACAAAAAGGAAAAAACAAAAAGAAGAAAAAAGAGUUCCGACAUAUUGUCGAGCGCUUCCGGCAAAUGCAACAACAUGAAGAAGUUGCGCAAGAGAAAGAGUUCAAGCGGAGGCGCGAUGGCCGGGAAAAACGAAAAAUUACAAUACAAAUUGACAGAAGAUUAGUGCAUUACAAAAGGAUAUAUGUGUUAUCUACACUGGCUUUUUUAAGCGGUACUAUAAUGACAUUCGGGAGUGUAGUCAAGGGAUUAGGUGAGGGUUCAGUUCUCUGGACGUAUAGAUCCAUCUUUAUAAUUUGCGGGCCGAUCACCAUAGGAGUUGGUGCGUUAUUGUUGCUUGUUGCGACUGGUCUUGUGUACGAACGACAGACCAAGAUUAAAAAACGAAUGAACAUGCGUGUAUUUGAUUUAGGAAGCAGUUACAACUCCAACAGUUUUCAAGGAGGAAAGCGAGGUUCUUGCCAGAUAGACAGCUCUUCAAAACCAUUGCUUUCGCGAGAAACAUCCUCCUCCGGUUCAAGCACAACAGACACUUCCGGAAAUGCAUGUAACCGUGAGAAAUACAGUUAUAACAGAUCCAGCAUCGGAAGACAGACUUCAGAGAAUUCGGAGAUGGACGUUUAUCUAGAUUCUAGUCUUUCCUCUGGGGAAUCCGCUGGAUUGUCAUUCUCGGCCAAAUGGGCAGCUUUGGCGAAAUUUCCAGAACAAAGAAAUACAAAUCAAGUCAAGCAGAACAGGGAAUUAACAAAAAAGGCGGAUACUUUCGCUUUUACAUCAGAAUGUGGGAUGUUACCGGCAGUUGUGGUUUCUCCACCGGCACACUGUGUUGUUAUAGACGAGACUCGUCAAUCGAACGACGGAGACGUAGAUAGCAAAAAUGUCUUAAUAAGGACUGGUAAGCAAACAAGUAUCUAAAUCAAAACAUGUGUCGUCUGAUAACAGAAAAAGGAUGGAAAAGUUAAGAUGCAAAAUCGAAUACGUGAAGAAGGAUGAUAUAAAUAUGAAUGUAUUUGAUUAGAUAUGUCUAGAAGUGUCGUUAUAUAACAUAAGCAUGGACAAACAUGUUGAUAUUAUUUUCCACGACCAUAUUUUCAUUUUUUAGACUGGUUUGCCGGAAGGUCAUCCAGCCUACUUCAUUUUGCAUAACACAAGACAAUUUCGAAAAUCACCAUACAAAUUUGAAGGACUGCUAUUCCAGCAUUGAAAUGUGUAGCCGACUUGUUAAAUUAAGGUUGUUAACGACAGUUUUUUCAUCAAUUAUAUGUGGAACAAUUUCAUGAAACUGUUCCACCUCCGAUACCCGUUGUGUUUUAUACAUCGAUAACAAUUACAAGUGUACGAAUCUAGAUACUUUUCCUAAUCAUGACUGAAUCGUAGUGUCGUCUGCUAGUCUGUUACGUGGUGACACAAAGAACUGCGACAACAGUAUAUAAUUUUGUUGAGCUAGUAAAUCGAUUCCAUUGUUUUACACGUGCAUUUGAAAGACGUAUCCGUAUCGGUUAUAUGUCUAUCAAAUGAAUGUUUACUUCUAGUCUCCAGUUAUAUAUUUUCUUAAAUCAUUGGUAUCAAUUAUUACAGUUUCUAGAAUAGACCCCAAGGGUUAUGAACAUUGCGAGCAAUAAAUACCGUCCUGUUUACAUAGAAUUGCAUGUGUCAUCACAUAGAACAAACUCUCAGACAGAGUAGUGUCAUUCGUCAUUCUUUAAUCAAGUCAACGGGAUUUGAAAUAUUAUUUGGGGAACGUCAACUAACGGACAAUACAAACUUAAUCCCAUAUUUCUAAACAUUUUCUUCAGGUUGGUAAGUAUAGAUUAUGAAAAGUUCUUUUUUCAAAAAAAAAGAAGAACUUUAAUUAUAAUGAAUCCCAUAUUGUUGUGAGACUUCAUGCAAGAGAGAACUUGACUUGUAUGUUGAAAGCUGGUUUUCUCAACAAAUGAAUUAGGAUAUUAAAGAAAACAGUUUAUGUUUGAUUUCGUUUAACUUGGGGUUUUAACCAUUCAGACUAAUUUCAAUUAGUAACUUCUUGGUCAUUUCCGGUAAACAUCGGAAUAAACCAAUCGUGACAUCUCGGUCAAUUCCGGUAAGCAUUUUGAAAAGGGCAAAUCUGUUUAGUUUGAUGCAUGCUGGGAUUGACCUAGACGAUAUCUUUAUCUUGAACAUAUAUCUGAACUUAUUCUCACUAAGUUUUCAACAUCCUGAUUACAAAGGCUUUUUUGAACGCCACCUGAAUGGAUGUAGACAGGAUAAGCUUCGAGUAUCUAUUUGGCUCGUGUGUAUCGUUCAACAUGGCAGUGUACAUUUUAGCUGGACAUCGAUAAAAAUAAAGU